AUGUCGAGCUUUGGACACUUUUUCCGCGUGACUACCCGCGCCAACUGGACCUACCUGGAGAAGUAUGGCGUCAAGGCUUCCUCUGGCGCUGUCGCUGAGAAGUGGCUCCGUGAGGCGUACGGUAUCGAGAUUGUCGCCUUUGUCACGUCGGUCGGCAACAUCAAGCUCUUUGGCGACACGGACGCCAUGAGCGCCGACCCUGCCUUCCUCAGCCUCGCAGAGACAAUCACCCGCGCAGAGGUGGACGAGAACCUCCCCGUGCGAUGCCUCGACGACGCCGCCGGCCGGGCCAUGGAGGCGCGCAUCGCCGAGCUGCGAGAUCAGCACGACAGCACUGGCGGCACUGUUACCUGUGUCAUCCGCAAUGCGCCCUCUAGACUGGGAGAGCCUUGCUUCGACAAGCUGCAGGCUGUUUUGGCGCAUGCCAUGCUGUCUAUCCCUGCUGUCAAGGCCUUUGAGUUUGGCUCUGGAUUCUUGGGCGCUGAGAUGACGGGUAGCAAGCACAACGAUCCUUUCGUGCCUGCACCUGCUCUCGACGCUGCUGCUGAGAAGACGGGUAUUCCCAAGUCCAAGCUUCAGACCAAGACGAAUCACUCUGGCGGUAUUCAGGGCGGCAUCAGCAACGGCAUGCCCAUCUUCUUCAAGGUCGGCUUCAAGCCUCCUGCCACCAUCAGCCAGGGAUAG